AUGAUUCUAUGGCCUCUCGUGACCUUGGCCAGUGUGGUCACCGGGCACGUCGUCCAUGAAGGUACCACCUGCACUCUGUAUCCUGAGGCCCUCAGACACAAUGGCAAGGCCAUCGACGAUUCACCAUCCAUCCACAGAGCAUUUGAGUUGUGCGGCAAGGACGGGAAUGUCAUCUUUACCGAUAACACCUUCCACAUCAAUUCGGUUCUGAAUACCACCAAUUUGGUCAACUGCGACGUCUCUGUUCGUGGAGAGCUUCGCUUCUCGGAUGACAUUGCCUACUGGCGUAACAACUCCUACUCGGUCGUCUUUCAGGACCAAGUGACCGCCUGGCUAUUCGGAGGCAAAGACGUCAACGUGCAUUUUGAUGGUGGCUGGUACAAUGGCCAGGGACAGACUUGGUACACAGAAAACCGCAACACUAGCAACCAGCCCGGCAGACCUAUCAGCAUGACCUUCUAUGAUUCUACCAACCUCCUUGUCGAUGGUCUGACCAUUAUCCAGCCGCAGUUCUGGGCAACAUUUGUCUGGAAAAGCCAGAAUGUUUCUCUUACAAACCUCGUCGUCAACGCUACUAGCAACGACCAAUGGGGCACUAUGAACACGGACGGUUAUGACUCGUGGAAUAGUGAUACGCUGCUCGUUGAAAAUGCAGUUAUCACUAAUGGCGAUGAUUGCGUGGCAGCCAAGGGAAAUACAACGAAUCUCGUCGUCCGAAACGUCACCUGCAACGGUAGCACUGGCAUGACCAUUGGUUCUGUUGGACAAUAUCCCAAGAUGCCAGACUAUGUUCAGAACGUCACGUUCCAAGAUGUUCGAUGCUUGGGCUGUACCGACGGAGCCUACAUCAAGACCUGGCAGGGAACCUAUACUUCGAGCUCUUCUAAUUUGAACGGCGACACUGGCGGUGGCGGCCACGGCCUCAUCAAGAAUAUCACCUUCCGUGACUUCGAGAUGUCCAAUGUGGGACUGCCAAUCCAGAUUUCUCAGUGCAUCUACACCGAGUCUACCAGCAAGUCCUGCAAUACAUCCAAGAUGCAGAUCGAAGAUGUGACAUGGGCUAAUAUCAAGGGCACAUCGCGAUACAAUAUUGCUGCCUCCAUCUACUGCUCAGAUCUGCACCCUUGCCCCAACAUCAACUUCGAAAACAUUGAUAUCCGCUCCGUCAACAGCACCUUGGGUCUUCCGAUGUAUAACACGACACUGCAGCAUGAGGUGUAUCAGUGCAAGAACGUUAUUGGCCAAAAGAAUUCUGGAAUCCCCUGCAAUCAUGUCGCUCCAGACAACUACCCCCAGAGCCCCCCUGGCAAUGUUCACUGA